AUGGGCGAGAAAAAUAAUGAUCAGAGUGUUAUGGAUAAGUCAAUGCGGUCAGUGUUCGUGGGGAACAUUCCGUAUGAAGCAACAGAAGAGAAACUGAAGGAGAUUUUCAGUGAAGUCGGUCCUGUGAUUUCCUUGAAGCUUGUUUUCGAUCGAGAAAGUGGCAAACCCAAAGGAUAUGGUUUCUGUGAAUACAAAGAUCAAGAAACGGCGCUCAGUGCCAUGAGAAAUUUGAAUGGCUAUGAAAUUGGUGGCCGAACUUUACGUGUCGAUAACGCUUGUACCGAAAAGUCUCGCAUGGAAAUGCAACAACUUCUACAGGGGCCACAGGUAGAAAAUCCUUAUGGCGAACACUGCGAUCCAGAGAAUGCCCCGGAAAUCAUAACGAAAACUGUAGCUUCCCUGCCGCCAGAGCAGAUGUAUGAGCUCAUGAAGCAAAUGAAGACAUGUAUACAGAAUAAUCCGAACGAGGCACGACAAAUGUUAAUUGUGAAUCCGCAGUUGGCGUAUGCCUUGCUGCAGGCGCAGGUUGUCAUGCGAAUUGUCGAUCCGCAGCAAGCAUUGUCGAUGCUCUUCAAGGCCAACACAAUGCCACCGAUCCUUACUACCAACCCUGUGACAGGACAACCACAGCAAAUAAGCCCAAUGGCAAUGUCUCAGAGUCAGAAUCAGAAUCAAGGCAACAUGCAAGUACCGCCUAUGCUGAACAACAACAACUUCGGUCCUAUGGGCGGUCAGGACAUUGAUUUGCGAGGAGUCGUCGAUCCGCGUAUGUCUCGCAAUUUAGAUUUAGAUAUGCGCGGCAUUCCCAACCCUGUCCCCAAUCCAAUGGAAACAAACUUUCAACGAAAUCCUCGUCAAAUGCACCCGCCUCAGCCUGUCAUUCCACCGUUUCCAUCUGGAGGCAACGUUCCUUCUGCCGGUGGUCCGAAUAUGGGGCCAAAUUUGAAUACUAUCAAUGAUCCACGUCAACGGGGUGGAGAUCCGCGUUUAAGACAAGCUGGUGGGAAUCAACCAGCGCCCGUUCCAUCAGGACCUCAAAGUGGACCACAAAGUCGUUUACCGCCAGCAAAUGGAAUUCCUAAUGACGCUUCAGAUCAGGAGAAGGCAGCUUUGAUUAUGCAAGUUCUGCAAUUGUCGGACGAACAGAUUGCAAUGCUACCACCCGAACAACGGGCCAGCAUUUUGGUAUUGAAGGAGCAAAUAGCGAAAAGCACGCAACGCUAGUUAUUUCUUGUUUAGUAAAGAUAGAAAUGUGUAUGCAUCCAAUGAAAUAGGUUUUUUAAUAAAUCAGAUUCUUUACAUGUUUA